AUGCACUAUUAGUGUUGUUUACAAAAACGUGGACUUACUCAUUAACAAGCUAAGUAAUAUUUAUUAAUAUUUUAAUUAACACGCCUUGUCAACAUAUAUAAAUGUAAAAGCAAAAUUCGUAAGGGUAUGCACGUUACCAGCGUAUCGGUUAUGUUAAUAACUUUAAUGCAUUUUUCUAGUCUGGGCUCUGAAGCCUGAUGACUCACAGUGUUUUUUGAUAGACUAAGUUUUUGCGCAAAUUUUGACCGUUAUUUAGCGUUAGUCACGGCGACUAGCUUUAGGUAAAGCAGAAUCGAUAGAUAAGCGUAUAAAAGUCUUAGUCUGGCUGAGUCUUGUUUUUGGCCUAAAUGGUCCAUACAAUCACUGCCAGAAAUUGUCUAAAGCAUUUCAAAUACUGCGAAUCUGCGUUAGGAAGUGAGCUGAUACGCACUUAGCAGAUCCAAACAAAGCAUUGAGUGAGCUGUAUCAUUUCUGACACGGAGCAGCACAGGCAACGACGGUUCACAUAGACCUACUGAUGAUCUGUAGAAAAUAACGUUAAAAUAUUUACUAACGGUGUGGUUAGGACUGAAGUGGAGUCGAUUUGAGUUUACUUAUACCAUGGUGAGCAGGGUGAACAUCUAUUCAGACGUGUAUCAGGCAUGUUUGACGCACGCGUUGAGUACAGAAAAGGAAGAGGUCAUGGGCCUGCUUAUAGGACAGCAUGUUAACACGCAAACGGGUUUGGAAGCAAUGCUGCAUGCGCUUAUGCUUCUACGACGAUCAGAUAAACGGCGGGACCGUGUCGAGAUCUCAGCGGAACAACAAGCCGAGGCCUCAACGUACGCAGAGGAGUUGGCCCCCGUUGAUGGGCAGCCUCUUCGUGUAUGCGGGUGGUACCAUUCACACCCGCACAUUACUGUCCAUCCGUCGCACGUUGAUGUGAACACACAAGCCAACUAUCAGGCAAUGGAUCCACAUUUUGUCGGACUCAUCUUCUCCGUAUUUUCAAACGAGUCAAGUAAUGCCAAGAAACCCUCUAAAAUAGAGGUAAAGUGUUUCCAGGCAGAGCGUGGGACAAAUGGACCUGUUGGUGUAGAGGUGACAUUAAACCUUAUCUCUCGUAAACUGAGUCCGUCGUAUCCAUGCCUGCGAGCACUGCUCUCUCUGCCAAAGAUCCUCUAUGAAGAAGAAAAGGAAGCGUACGACAUGUCCGAGGAGAUUGCAGGGCCACUAGAUCCGUUAACGCAACUAAACAACUGUGCGGUGUUUUCUAAGGCUUUGUGUGGCAUCACCGAGGUUGUAGGCGGGCCGCUUGUCGACGUCUUUGAGGCAACGUUAAACAGUGCGCAGAAGGAUCUUAAAGAGAUUCAUGAGGCUUUAUGAGUUGGGCCAGUAACGCUAAGCUGGGGUGAAACCAGGGCAAGCCACCAAUAAAGUAACAAGCAUUCAGUACCAACACUGACUAACACGUCGUUUGCUACUUGACACGAUGCUUGAAACCAUUUCAUGGAUUUAACUCAUCUUCAGGCGGGUUAUUUCUACGAUUACGAAUUGGUUACUCGAUUGGCGCUAACAAGAACUGCCUGAUUUGGAACUCAAAGGUGCCUAUUUCUUCUUAAUGCACCAGUUCAAAACACAGACAGUUACAUUACAGUGGAUCUAUGCUUAACGCUCAAACCUCAGCUGUCGCAUAAGGAUGUGUUAUUAGCUAAACCCCGCCGACCGUGUACGCGUUUCAAUUUAAUUAACAUUUCUUCUUCGCGAUUUGUUUUUGUCGAUAUAUCUGUUAACGUAGGGAGGUGCCCCUUGGUAUUUUCAAACAAAUACGUUAUGGCGAGUUUGCAUCGAUUUACGGGCUGAAGACCUGUAAAAUUAAUUUCUAAUGAAUUAUUGUAAUUAAUAAUUUGAUCUAUUUUUUUGCCUCUGUCACAAUAAAGCAUUGGUGUGGUGCUCCCAAAAAAGGAAAUAACAGAAUAAGUUUCUUGCUAAAUAAAUUUAAUGGAUAUAUAUAUAUAUAUAUAUAUAUAUAUAUAUAUUACAUAACCUUUGUAACAAACAAUGCAAUUAUAAAAUAAAGAUGAAUAUGUACUUUAAUGGGUCUAGUGGUCGUUGAUUGGCCUGAAAUUGGACUGAAAGAGAUUUGCAGAUCGGAUUGUGUACUGCUUAUCUAAGCUUAUUAAGCCAUUUCAUAAUGUCUGUCUCCUCUAUACGUUGCUAAUACUCAUGUUAAAAGUAUAUCAUAACUGCACUCUUUGCCAUUGACUUCAAUCGGAAUUUCGUUAGGUCACUUGGCUCUUAAGGUACUUUGGCCCAUUGCGGUCUAACCCAAAAAGUGCCAUAUGAGAUUUAACCUAAGAAAAAUUCGGAAGUCGACAGCAAGAGGGGUUAAGCUCGAUUGAAUAGCAAUGCAUAGCGGACACAGUGAUCAUAAAGUGGCAGUUUCAAUAAAAAGCUUAGAUAGGUAGUAUAUAAUGUGAAGUAAGCGUCAUAUAGGCCAGUUUACAUUGAAUGAGAAAUUUAUUAGAGAAUUUUACAGUGUCAAAUGAAUUUGUAUGAAGAAAAAGUGAAUGGAAACAAGCUGAUUGUUUUAGUUCAUUGUACUUUUUAUUAAGCGUGUGCUGGCUUUUUAGUUUGACUGUAAACGAGUACAUAUUGUUAUCAUGUAAAUAAUAUGAAUGAACUCGAACGAAUAAAGUACAUUUCUGUUCGUAAAUUAAUAAAUUAUAUAUUG